AUGUCCUAUGAGGUGAUUAUGCAAAACGUUGUGCACAUUGCUGGACUCAGCGGCGAUCCGGGUUCCAUGUCUCACUUGGCCCACUUGCCAAUGCUCGCAAGGAUGGCCAUGACACCCGACGGAAAGUCCAUUCUGUUUGCGAUAGGGAACGGUGGCAUUCAGCGACUGGAUGUCGACACGCGUGCUAACGUUCCCCGCAUCACCGAGAUAACAGGCAAGGAAGGGAAGCGAUGUACACGUCAAACCCCCGAAAGGGCUGUAUGCGGCGACCGCAAGCUGUCCGGGGAGGAGAUUAAAGAUCUGGAUUUUGUGCCGUACACACCAGCAGCAGCCGCCAGCUCCCAGCCUUCGGGUGCCAGCCGGGCAGCACCGGGCAGCAAAGCUCUCAUGGUCAUCCUGGAUAACGGCUCCGCGGUUGCAGUGGACGUGGACAAGGGCGGCUCAGUGUUGUGUCGGGUGCAACUGGCUACCAAGAAUUCGCAUGAGGACAGGCGCGAGUUGAAGGACGACAAGGUGCUGCUCAUCUCGUCUGACGACCGUCUCCUACUCCACCAUCUGCCGCCAGGCAAGUGGUGUGAGCGGCACUGGUACUGCGGCAGCUUGCUGGCUGCCGGCAUGGACCGUGUGCUGUUUACCCGGGUCAAGUGUCGGGAGGCUGCAGCAGCCAGCGGGGGUGAAGGGCGCCCCGCGCUCGCGUGCCUCAUGAACAACCGCAACGGCUGCCAUCUGGCCAUGUGGGAGCUAGGGGACGACGGACUGCUGUCCAUGCGAACCGCCUGUAAGGCGGCGGAUGCGCCAGGGGCGUGCAUGGAUGUCAGCACGGACGGGUCGCUGGUCGCUGUGGGCACCUCCGAAGGCGACGUGGUGCUGCUGGGUUGCCGGCCGCACCUCAGAGUGGUCAAGCGCUUCCCUCGCGCACACAUGGUCUUUACCACCAUCGUCACCUUCAACAAGGACGCCACCUACGUCUUGUCCUCUUCCCUGGACGCCAGCGUCACCGUCAAUUCCACGGCGCUGCCGCCGCCGCCGGACUUCAAAAAGUUCCUGGUGCUGGCCUUCCUGUUAAUCGCCAUCCUGCUGAUGUGCUUGCUGCAAGUGGUCAAAGUGCUCAAGCAGCGGGGCAUGAGCACGGAGGAGAUUCUCGCGCUGCUGACGCGGCGUCCCAAGGAGGAGCUCUGA